UUUUCCUAUCAGCGGUCAUUGGAGAACUGAGCCGGGUGGAAGCCACUGCGCAUUUAAAACUCCAGCAGGAAACUAAGCAGCGGUUUCCAAGUAGGAAUCGAUUUAUAAGAGAUCGCAAUCAGCUUUCCUUCUAAGGAAAGGCUGGGAAACUCAUUUGGCUUCAUGAAACGUAAGCUAUGAGGCACCUUUGGCCAAAUAUCUAUUAAUUAGGCGAAACAGGCCUUUUGUCCAAGAUUUGUUUUCGGCUGCGUCUUUCCAGCACGACCAGUUCUUCUUUCCUCAGCGGCUGAUUGGCUCUGGAGUGUGGCCAGAAGCCUACUUCCUGCAAUUAAAGGAGUCAGGUCUACAACCACUGACCUGCUUAUUUCUCUUCAGAGGGAUGGCGCUUACCAUCUUUGUCCUCCAGCUAGCCCUCCGCAUCCUGGCAUUUCCCAUGUACCUGCUGGACUUUCUGGGCGUGUGGAGCUGGAUGUGCAAAAAAUGGUUUCCCUACUUCUUGGUGAGGUUCAGUGUGAUGUACAACAGAGACAUGGCGAGCAAGAAGCGGGAGCUCUUCAGCAACCUGCAGGAGUUCACUGCCUCUGGGAAGCUCUCCCUGCUAGAGCUGGGCUGCGGCACUGGGACCAACUUCAAGUUCUACCCCCCCGGAUGCCGGGUGGCCUGUAUUGAUCCCAACCCCAACUUUGAGAGGUUCUUGAUCAAGAGCAUUGCCGAGAACCGACACCUGCAGUUUGAGCGCUUCGUGGUGUCGACCGGGGAGGACAUGCACCAGGUGGCGGACGGCUCCGUGGAUGUGGUGGUUUGCACCCUGGUCCUGUGUUCCGUGAAGAAUCAGGAUCGGGUCCUCCAGGAAGUGUGCAGAGUGCUGAGACCAGGAGGAGCUUUUUAUUUCAUGGAGCAUGUAGCAGCAAAGCCAUCAAGCUGGAUUUCCUUCUGGCAACAGGUCCUGGAUCCUGUGUGGCACCUUCUGUUUGAUGGGUGCUACCUGAGCCGAGAGAGCUGGAAGGCCCUGGAGCGGGCCAGCUUCUCCACACUGAAGCUGCAGCACUUAGAGGCCCCUCUGCCCUGGGAGCUGGUGCGCCCUCACAUCUACGGAUAUGCCGUGAAAUAGCACAAGCAGGGACUUGAGACCUGCACGGCUCAAAUAAUUACAAGUUUGGGUUUUACAUGUUAAAAUACUAAUCAGGAGAUGGGAACCCCCCUCCCUUUUUUUUUUUAGGUAAAUCUGCAUCUCAUCCCUAAAAGUUUAUGUUAUAACCUACUUAGCCAUUUCUGUCGUCUCCCAAAGAAUCCAAAACGAAACCAAACAGCAGCUUUGAAAGGAAACAGUGGGCUUUCCUCAUCGAGGGCUACCAUUGCUUUACUAACGUCACCAUUUUUCUGUCUUCUUGAAAUUGUUACCUUACGGAUUUUCAUUUCACCCCCUCUUUGAGAGGUUAGUGCUAAUACACAGUUAACUUACUCAAAAGACUUUGAAAGGGGAGAUAUGAAAAGAUCUUAAUAAUUUACAAAAUGAAUAAAGAAAUACUAACCGGUUGAACAUCCAAAGCUAAGGAGCACAGGUUUUUUGGUUUUAUUUUCGUUUUUUUGAAAAAGAAAUGUGACGCUGCUGUUCUUAGUAUCAUUGGGCUGGCCUUCAAAGAUGUCACACCUAGUGCUGUCCAGCUUUGCUGUGUUUAUUGCAGUAUUCUACCCGUUUGUUUUCCUACAUUCUAGUCUUCCAUGCACCUGGAGCAUGUGGAGGUUCCCAGGCUACGGGUCGAAUCGGAGCUACAGCUGCCAGCCUACACCACAGCCACAGCCACACCAGAUCUGAGCCGCAUCUGCGACCUACACCACAGCUCACGGCAACGCCAGAUCCCUAACCCACUGAGCGAGGCCAGGGAUUGAACCCACGUCCUCACAGAUACGAGGUCAGGCUCAUAACCUGCUAAGCCACAACAGGAACUCCCAAAGGGACUCCUUUAAUUAUUAAAUUAAUCACUAAAUUCACAUAUGCUUUAGGACUAGAAAUAAAAUUAAUGGUUUAUAUCUUU